AUGCAAGAGAUCGUUCAACUUGAUAGUGCUUUGACUGCGCUGCUCAUCCCACCUGGUCUAUGUGUUUGUGCGAUCCCAAUAAUCCAACCUCCUCCUCCUCAUCCGGAACCAAAAAAAGAAUGGAGUCAGAUUCAAGGACUUGUACUCCGUUGGUGGACUGCAGUUCACCGACUUCGAGAACGAUUGUUCUCGCUAUUCGAAAGUGUAAUUUUAUCAGAUCUGGACUACUGUAACACGGCUCACGUGGAACAGGGUAUGUGGAAGUCCGUAUUUUACACAGUUUUGGAACUUCUGCGCUCUUGGAUCGGUAACCCGGAAUCCACAGGAUUACUUCAGAUUCACUCACAGUCGUCCCCCAAGGAAUCUAGUGAAGAAAGUGAUGUUAUUUAUGUCUUGCGGCACAUAUGUCUCAAGGAUGUGAUCGAAGCUGGGGAGGAGAGAUUAUGCAGUCUUUUGGAACGUAUUCAGAGCAACAACCAGAUCUGUUUGGCUCCGUUGUUGGCUGACGGACGUCCUCCUCCGGAAACCCGGUCCAGAACUCGUCGUUUGGUGUAUUUAAGUGCCCAAAAGCUUAUGCUAUUUCUCGGCGAUUUAGCACGCUACAAAGAAGUUCUUUUGGGCGAUCGAAACUUUGGAAAAGCCAGGAACUGGUACCAGAAGGCUCAACUUUUGGUCCCGAAAAACGGUCGCUCGUAUAAUCAGUUGGCUGUAUUGGCUGUGUAUACGGUAAGUGGUUUGAGUGGCAAUGAAACACUCCAAUACGCGAUGCUAAUCGUGUAUACAGAAUUUUCUCCUCUUGCUUCAUGUCGUGCUAUCCCUUCCCAUUUUUUUCCGGAGCUCCGUCUGGCAAAAUUUGUUCAGGGCAAGUCUGCCACAGUGAUGUAG